AUGGAUCACGAUGACGACGAGGAAGUUGGCUUCAUUGCCGAAAGUCACUACCUGAAAAGUCGGGACGCCCAACAAGCCAUAAAACUUCUUCAGGUACCACGUACCGAAAGAGAUCCCAGCAUUUCCUCGAGUGUUAGUGAAUUGGAUGUACCCAUUUACUCGCAAGAGAACUUAACCACACGACCGGUCAGAGAUAUACAGGGGGGCUACACUAAACAUCUGGGAUUUGCAAUAGCAGCCGCCGCCUUUGGAUCAUCCUUUCAACAUGGAUAUAACACAGGAGUGCUAAACAAUCCUCAAAAAGUGAUCGAAGAGUGGAUUAAACAAACUAUUUAUCAUCGAACGGCAGAAAUUCCACCAGAAUCUUUAAUAACGAUAAUAUGGUCGAUAGCGGUAUCGAUUUUUUGUGUCGGAGGCAUGAUCGGUGGCGCUAUUACUGGGAUGGUAGCAGACAGAUUUGGAAGAAAAGGUGGACUGUUGUUAAAUAACAUACUCGUUGUUACCGCAGCCGCUCUCGAAGGAUCGUCUAAGUCGGCCGGAUCGUACGAAAUGAUAAUUCUAGGCCGUUUUUUGAUUGGCAUAAGUUCGGGACUAAAUGCCGGUUUAGUUCCUAUGUAUUUAAAUGAAAUUUCACCUAUGAACUUAAGAGGAGCCGUGGGGACUGUUUAUCAGUUAAUCAUUACAAUAUCGAUCCUGCUAGCGCAGGCAUUAGGAUUAAGGUCUGCUUUAGGUUCCGAAACAACUUGGCAUUUACUUCUAGCCUUCACUGUAAUUCCGGCCAUUUUUCAGUUAGCAACUCUUCCUUUCUGUCCCGAAUCGCCAAAAUUCCUACUUGUAACAAAAGGUAAGGAACUUGAAGCGCAAAGGGCGUUAACGUGGUUGAGGGGUAGCGCUUCAGUGCACGAAGAAAUGGACGAAAUGAGAUCAGAAUUCGAAGCGAUGAAAUUAAUCCCGAAGGCGAGCGUCAGAGAACUUAUUUCGAACAACGCCCUCAGAAUUCCCUUGAUUAUUUCUUUGACAAUAAUGGUAGCGCAACAGUUGAGCGGUAUAAAUGCAGUGAUGUUUUAUUCAACCGAAAUUUUCAAAAUGACUGGAUUGUCCGAUGAAAACGCAACCUAUGCCACGAUGGGAAUGGGCUUCAUUAACGUUUUGAUGACCGUGGUUUCUUUGGUUUUGGUGGAACGAUCUGGUCGUAAAACGUUGCUUCUUAUCGGUUUUGGCGGAAUGGCAGUAGUGUCCUUUUUAUUGACGAUAGCAAUGAUCUUUUCAAAAAGCAGCGUGGCAGCCAGUUACAUUUGUAUCAUUUUGGUUCUUCUUUUCGUUAUUAUGUUCGCAAUUGGUCCAGGUUCUAUACCUUGGUUUUUGGUUUCUGAAUUAUUUAAUCAAUCUGCGAGACCUACGGCCACUUCUUUAGCAGUUGCUACCAAUUGGGCAGCAAACUUUUUAGUUGGAAUUGGAUUCCUUCCUAUUCAGAAAGCCCUAGGUUCAUACGUAUUUAUAAUAUUUUCGGUAAUUUUGGUACUCUCAUGUGUAUUUAUUUAUAAAAAGGUCCCCGAAACAAAGAAUAAAACGAUGGAAGAAAUCUCGUCUAUGUUUAGACAGCAAUCGUAUCAAUAAAAUUAAAUUAUUACAAAUGAAAACAAUUAUUACAAUUUUUGAAAUAAAAUAAUGUAUUCCUUUUUGUGAAAAAUGAUAAGAGCAAUGUAAAAUAUAUUUACGUACCUAUUACUUAUUAAAAAAAUCGAAUUUACGCAAAAGAUGCUAAAUAUGAAUUGAGAACUGACUAGAUAGUCUAUUAAUAGUAAUAAAUAAUUUAUUAGUCAAUGCUAAUCAGUGGCCGAUAAAAGUUUUUGUUUAUUCGUUUAUUUAUUGCUAUCUGUUGUUGAAAUAAUUCACAAUUUCCGUAAAAAAGAAGAUGUGUAUUUUUUCAACUAUUAAGGUAUUCGAAAAACUCUGUAAUAGUUGUAUAUUAUGUAUGUAAGUAAAUGUAUAAAAAAAAACUGUUACAACAGUCUCAUCCAUUAUGUAGUUAAAAGUUUUUAAUUUGUUUAGUAUAAAAGACAUAUACAUAGAUAUUUUUAUUAAAUGUGCGUUUGGUAAUUUUUAAGAAGAUUGUGUGUUCCAGAAUGAUUAAAAUGUAAUAAAAAAGACUGAAAUUAGUCUAAUUGUAUGCAGUUGACAGUCAAUAUGCAUCUGCCUGUUACAUAUUACACGAAAAUGUUGUACAAUAAUACACAAUUUUUUAAAAAAUGCUGAACAAAUUGUUUUAACACUUUAAAUAAAUAUUUUUAUAUUACAAAUAAACAGUAAGCAAUUUAUUAUUUUAAAUCUAGUCGUAACGAAAAGAGCAAUUGGAUUUGUUUUAUCUUUGUGCAUAAUGAAUUUCCUUGUAUCUUAUUUAUUUUU